AUGGAAACCAUAAUUACCGAACUCUUGGCAUCUAGCCACCAUGAAAAUUUAAAAAAAAAAAUUAUAGAACAGCUUACAACGAAUACGCAGGAAAUGCCUCAAAGUGAUUGGGAAACACUGUGUGAUUUUUCAUAUGGACUUAUAUUAGAGCAUGAAACUCGUGUACACGCUGAAGUCGGUGAAUAUGUUCUCUCUUGGAUAGCCCGUACUCAAAAACAAAUAUAUUUGAAAUACUUUAAUUCAGAAAAUUUAGAAUUUAAUCUUGAUAAAGCUGGAUCAAAUGUUCUGGAAAUAUAUAAACUUCUAAGAGCAACAACGAAAGUGAUCAAAUACAAAAAUGAGAUAGUAGAUAGCCAGUAUAUAGAAAGUAUUGAAAAAGAUUGUCAAUUAUUACAGCGAUAUGCUGAAAAAUAUUUUGUUCAAUGGAAAGGGAGACAUGAUUUACAUGCGUUAUUCAUAACUAUGUUUUACGAUCUACCAAAGUCUAUUCCUUCGGAUCGAAAUAUGGUGCUUAUACAUGGAUUAAGUAAUGUGCCAAAUGAAUCAAUAGACAGUACUUACCGUGAUUAUGUAGAAAAAUCGGUAUCUUUGAUAGAGUCAAUGUGGAAUGAAAGUGUAGAGUUAAUAAAUUUCACAAUUCGGGAAAUAUUUAUAAGACUUUCAGCAGCUGGAUCGCAUUCAUUUGCAAUGGCGUUACUUAUUAGUAGAAUACCAUUGGAUCAUUUGUCUGUCAUUACACCGUAUAUUCAGAAGAACUUCCGCGAAGAUAUUUCACGGUUUGAAUUGAAUAUACGACAUAUGAUUGAUAUGAUACCACAUCCGUUUGCCAAAAAUAUAGGACAUUGGAUCGUUGGAUUAAUGAAAGCUUUGGAAACUGUCAAAAGUCAUGAGCUUUUAAUCCCAAUCACACGUAUCAAUAUUACAAAAGUUUUCAGAUAUUUACGGGAUAAAAAAUCGCGAGAAGAUGCUUUACUGGUUGUCAAAUAUAUGCUUCUUGGUUACCAAAUUGCGUCUGACGUUUUCAUGUUAGUUGUUCCAAUGUAUCCAGAAGUGCUGGAUAUUAUUUCUCAAGAAAGUGAUCAAGUUGACGUGUUGCAUGAGCUUUCUGGCAUUGCUCAAUGUUUAAUGUGCCGUUUUUCAGCAAAUCAAAAUCAAUUUGCACCUCUUAAACAAAAAUUAGAAAAUUUGGGAAUGCCGAAGUUAGUACAAAGCGAAAUUAGGACUAUUCUGCAAGAACAUAAUUGGAAUAAAAAUAUAAAGAGUGCAGAAACAACAUACAAGCCUACCGUAAGACCUGCAAGAUCGCGCAAAAGGAUCGGGUUGCAAAAUUUAGGAAACACAUGUUUCAUGAACAGUGUGCUACAGGCACUAUUUAACUCACUGGAGUUUCGAUAUCGUAUAUUCCGUGCAACUAGUAAUAAAUCCAAAACUUCAACACUACAUCAACUCAAAAUGUGUUUCGGUUUUAUGGCUUUCUCAACAAGAUCAUAUUUUUCACCUUCAGCUUUAUUAGAGACGUUCCCUCGUUGGAUUAAUAAUGGUCGCCAGCAAGAUUGCCAUGAAUUUUUGAAGCAAGAAGAGUCUAAUCAGGUUGUAUCUAACAAAAGACCACGACUUGACAUGGAAAACCAAUCUGCACCUCGAAUUAAUUAUAAUGAAAUGCCAAUUUCUGCAUUCUGUGGUACAUUGGAAAAUACAAUAAAAUGUUUAUCAUGUGGUAAUAAAUCAAGAACAAAGGAAGAUUUUCAUGAUCUUACAUUGUCACUCAAAGCUGAAAAUGAAGAAGAGUUAAAUGAAGAUAAUCAAUAUUUUUGUGAUAAAUGCAACGGGUUACAAGAUGCAGUUAAGACAACGCAAAUAAUUGUCCCUCCGCGUUAUUUGAUCUUAUCGCUUAAUCGAUUUGAAUAUGACAAGAGAUAUGCAAGAAGAAUAAAGAUCAUGACUCCUGUUACGCCUCAAGAUACUCUUUCUUUAACGUAUGUUCCAGACACGCUUGAACGUAGUUCAAAAAAUGAGUCAAAUUACACUAAUGUCGAAAUACAUCAUCAAAUGAACGGAACAGCUGAUUUAAAAACAAAUGGCAAUGAGAUUAUUGGAGACAAAGUGGAUUAUGAUUUGUCUGCAUUUGUUGUACAUUCUGGGACAUCUGCUGAAUAUGGACAUUAUUAUACUUACGCAAAAGAUGAAGAGGACGGUAAUUGGUAUCAUUUAAACGAUAACUUUGUGAUAACUUCUACGUGGUCGAAGAUCAAAGAUGAGGGUGAAGAUUACAAAUCUGAUACUCCAUAUCUUUUUUUCUUUCGGCAGAAAAAUUUGAACAAUGAUGAUUUAGAUUCCUCAAUUACUAGUUCAGGCGGUUCGGAAAAGUGA